AUGGCUGAAUCCGCUGUUUCACAGGUGGUAACCAGGCUUGCCGGGCUCUUGUCUCAAGAAUUUUGGUUGUUGUAUGGAUUGCGUGAUGAGGUGGAGUGGAUGGAAAGAGAGCUCCGUUGGAUUAAAUGCUUUCUCAAGGACGCUGAUGCAAAAGGAAAGACAGAUGAAAGGGUGAAGAACUGGGUGAAUGAAGUAAUACAUGUUGCUUACCAAGCUGAAGACGCCAUUGAUACUUUCCUCAUUAAGGUGAAUCAUCAAUCCCAUGGUCGGUUGAGUUGCAUCAAAUACUGGUUUAAACCAAGCGCGUUGGUAGCAAGGCGUAAUGUUGCUGCGGAGAUUGGUAAAAUAAAAGAAAGGCUUAAUGAGAUCAAGGCUAGUAGAGAAGCGUAUGGGAUUCAAAACUUGAGUGAGGAUGGAGAUGCUUCCAACUUAAUAUCCAUAAUAAAAAGACGCCAUUUCUCACCUCAAUAUUCUGAUGAUGCUGAUGUAAUCGGGCUCUUUAAUGAUCAUAAGAUCCUACUGGGACGACUGAUUGAUCAACAACAACAAAGGCUUUGUGUCAUUAGCAUAUUUGGCAUUGGUGGUCUUGGCAAAACCACCCUUGCACGGAAACUCUACCGUGACAAUGCUGUUAGCAAUCAUUUUCGCAAGUGCAUUUGGGUAACAGUCUCUCAAGAAAAUAGUUUAAUGGAGCUUCUCAGAAAGAUGCUUGAAGAAGUUCGGAAGAUUGAAAAAGAGAAGUUGGAGAAAAUGACAGAAAAUGAUUUCAUAGACAUGCUUAAUGACUCACUAAGAACACAAAGGUUUCUUAUUGUAUUGGAUGAUAUUUGGCGAGAGGAUGUGUGGAAUCAGAUGCAAAGAAGUUUUCCAGAUGUGAAGAAUGGGAGUAGGGUCAUGAUCACCACUCGGUUUCUCAACGUUGCAAAGCGAGCAGAUCCAAGAAGCACUCCAUACCAACUUCAGCUUUUGAAUGAUGAUGAGAGCAUGAAGCUUCUUCUUAAUAAGGCCUUUCCUUAUGAAGAUGCUGAGGCAACUUGCACCAGUGAAUUGCUUGAUAUCGGCCGUUGUCUCAUGUACAAAUGCGGUGGCCUACCUCUGGCUUUAGUUGUUCUUGGAGGUCUCCUAUCUAUAAAAGACAAAACACCUAUUGUGUGGCGAAAAGUGUUGGAGACGAUGGAUUGGGCGGCAGAAGGAAGACAAUGCCAAGAAAUACUUGCGUUGAGCUAUGAAGAUCUUCCAUAUCAUAUGAAAUCAUGUUUUCUUUAUUUGGGUGCUUACCCUGAGGAUUAUGACAUCACUGGCAAUGUGUUAAUCAGGCAAUGGAUUGCGGAAGGCUUCAUACCAAAGGAAGAAAGGAAGACCAUGGAGGAUACAGGGGAAGCUAUUUUAGAGGAGUUGAUUCAGAGGAGCUUGAUUCAUGUAAAUACCAGGAAAAACAAUGGGAGUGUGAAGAGAUGUGGCGCCCAUGAUCUACUACUGGAUUUUGCAAGAUCUACAGCAAAGAAAGAUUUGUUCCUCACAGUUUGCUCCAAUGAAAAUGAUCAACCAACUUAUUUGGCGUCGUCUCGCCGUGUGGCUUUCCACAACGUCAAUAUCACCAAGAUAAAUGAAAUCUCUAGAGUCUAUACAAUGCAUGGACUCAGGACUUUGAUGGCAUUUGGUCGAGGCUAUUCUUCAAUUUAUGAUUCUCCAAUAUUUAGAUUUGAGCUUCUAAGGGUGCUUGAUUUGACUGAGUUAACUUGUAGGAUUCCCAACCUUAGGAAGUUGAAAGUGGAGAUUAAUAAGGAACACCAAGGAACAAUGCUAAGCCAUCUACUCUGUGGACUACACCAUCUUGUCAGCUUGUGUAUAGAGGGUGCAAGAGAUAAUUGCCCUAUAGAGAUCAACACCAAGGACUUUCCAUUUCACAACCAUCUCCUUUCAUUGACGUUAUUUGGAUUUUGGCCAAAGGGGGGCGCCGUAUCUGAAUUCCCAACUUAUCUCACCAAGCUUAAACUCCUUGAUUCUAGAUUGGAGCAAGACCCAAUGCCCAAAUUGGAGAGGUUACAAUACCUUGUCACUCUUAAACUCUUUCAAAAUGUGUAUCUUGGGAAAACCAUGGUAUGCUCUACUGGUGGAUUCCCUAGUUUGAAAAGUCUGUUCAUUGACAUAAUGCCCAAUCUUGAGGAGUGGAGGGUAGAGAGAGGUGCAAUGCCCAAGCUUGCUUGCCUACAAUUAAGUUCAUGCGAGAUGCUAAAAGUGUUUCCAGACUUGCAACAUGUGAUGAGCCUUCAGGAAUUGGAGUUGUGUUACUUGUCCCAAGAGCUCAUGCUAAGGUUGCAGAGGGGAGCAGGGGAAGAUUGGUACAAGAUUCAACAUGUGCCAAAACUCACCCUUGUAAAAUAGUGAGUGUUAAAGGCCCGUUAGUUAUCCCUUGUUGGUGUUGUUUAUCUU